AUGCGAUUCCUCGAACUUAAAUUUAUCGCUUUGGCUCAUCUUGCCAUCUCUGUGAACGGCCUCGCUGUUGCAGGCCGUGAGAGUAGCUCACUCACGGCUCGCGCUACCUCGGUUGCUUCUCCCGUGGCAUCUUCUUCGCCUUCGCCUUCGCCUUCACCUACUGGAGAUACCCAGGAGGCCCCGCAGUGCACCGGAUACCUAAGUUACUCACCAAGUGAGUGGCAGGCCCGGUUAGGGCAUCAAUUCGAUGAGAAUCUACCAGAGAGCACCUGUCUCACUGAAUACCCUGGUAGCGGUAAGGGUACCGAUAUUCAUGUCAAGCAGGGCUGUAUUCUGGUCAACGAGUCCAAGCAUUGCGAGAACUGGGACCCAACCUCCAACGUCCCGGAUGAUAUUGAUAAUGAGUGGCACAAUGAUAAUGGUGCUCACAUCAGCAGCGUUUUCAUAUACGCCAUGUUUGACGGUGAUGAUACCCAUAACGUCACUGUGGUUCCUGGUUGCAUGCUCUAUACAAGCUGGCCUAGCGCUUGGUCUGAUCUGGACUUCACCGCCGAUAACUGUCUUACGGAUCGCACGGGAGACUUUAGACAGUGCUGUAGUGACUCCACGACUACUACUGAGAUCGUCUUGAACCCAUAUUCCUGA